CGUGGGUGAAAGGUUUGACAGUUUCCCCUCUUUUUGCGCCCUCGCCGCCGGGCUCCGCCGCCUCUUCCGCCGGCCGUUGCCACCCCGCCCCACCCUAAAUCUCGCGACUUCGUUCGACUCCGAUAAAAUCAUCUUGCGCUGGUCGCGGCGAAGGAGGGAGGGAGGGAGGAGGAUGGCCGCGAACGACGGCGGCCCAGAUCUGCCCGCCAACGCCCCCGUCGGCGGCGACGCAGACGCCGGCGGGCCGUACAUCCCCGCGGAGCUGGUCCCGGACAUCGCGAAGCACCUGACGAGCCUGCACGACUUCUUCGCCCUCCGCGCCGGCUGCCGCGCCUACCGCGCCGCCCUGCCCAACUGCCGGUACCUGCUCGCGAACCAGCCGCCGCACCUCCUCGUGCCCCACACCGCCGACCCCUCGCUGCCCCUCUUCAAGGUCCUCGAGCCCGGCUGCGCCGCCUUCUCGCUCGCCCUCUUCCACGUCCCCGACCGCCGCCUCCUCCGCUUCCGCGCCCGCCUCCCCUUCGCCAGGACCGGCGGCGUCCUCACCUCCGACGGCGCCCGCGUCGCCGCCGUCGACGGCGCCACCGGCGAGAUCCUCGUCACCGAUCUCCUCUCCGGCGUGCAGGCCCGCCUCCCCAGGCCCCCGCUGGAGUACAGCCGCGUCAUCCUCAGCGGCGGCUACGUCUUCGCCCCGGCGAAGGGCCGCACGGAGAUCCAGUACUGCAGCCUCUGGUACGCCCACUGGGCCGUCGCGUCCUACGGCGGCGACUUUGAGAUCCAGGACUGGCGCAUCGUCAACGGCGCCCUCUACGGGCUCCUCCCCUCCUGCGGCCUCGUCAUGGCUUCGCUCCCCAAGGACAACACUAUGGAACUGUGGAUGCUUGGAGGCGAAUUCGACGAAGACCUUGAAGAGAUUCUGAAGGAGACCGUAGGCGGAUCAUUGCUGGGGGAGUGCGGUGGCGAGCCCUUGCUUAUCUGCAAGGUGGGGCGCAUCGAUCCGGAAUACAAGAUUCUCCGGUGGGACUUCAAUGUGGGGAAGUGGGUGAUGACAACGAGCCUCGGUGGACAGACGCUGUUUAUUGGCUAUGAUGAUUUCGUCGCGUGCCUUGGUCCUGAUGUCCCAGGGAUCCGUGCCGACUGUGUGUAUGGAUCAUUGCCAUGGAGUGGGGGAUGGAGCGAGUAUUCUCUGGUCGAUAGGACCUGUAAAUGCUUCCCUGCACAGUAUCCAGGUGAACCAGGGGUUGGUUUCGGGAGGCCGCAGGUUUGGGUGCUUCCAAGCUUGUUCUGCGACUACUGAGGUUCAAAGGAAUCGUGCACCAAGGAACCUGAUUCCAAUAAAGUCUCCUUGCGAUUAACUUAUAUUUGCUGUUUCAGCACAACAUUGGAGAAAUAACUUGGCAAGAAGCUUGUCUCCGCGGUCUGCUGUUAACUGUAGUCGAUGUAGACAUCGCUCUAUUGUGAAGCCGAAGUGGAGUUCUUGCGUAUAGCCGAGCCUUUGGUGCAAUGCAAUGAAGAAUCAUGCUUGAACUGAAAUUUCGAGUCAUGCUAAAUUUGUUGUUUUCCGCAACUUUUACCAUAGGGAUGGGUUUGGUUUGCCUCAAAGGAUUAAGAUUAACAGUAUGGUUAAUCAUUAUGUGUGCUGUGUUAUCUUGGAUUGUUUCACCUUCUUUAUGUGUUUGAUGGUGUGCUUUUAUAUUUUAUUAACUACUAAGCUUGAGAACACAUUGUUUUACCUUAGCCGUAUUGAUGCAGGUUUCCAGA